AGUACAGCUGACGACUGCUGCCUUUGCCCAGUUUUCUCUGCUGAAAGAGUUUUUUCUUCUGGAAAGUGCAGAAAAGCGGAGGCCCAAAAUAGAGCAGCUCGAUCAAGUGUAGAGCAAAUACAGUUCGUUUGUAAUAAGUUUAUCGACUAAGUGCUAAGAACGAUCCCGCGUACCAUCCGUUUUAGUUGCGGAUUCAGCUUACGGUUGCAGCUAGUGAUUUUUUUUGAGUGCAAACAGGGAAAGGAAAGCGCUACAGUCCACACAUCAUCAUUUCGUUAUCUGGCAUACACACGCACGCACACGAACCUCAGGGGGUUCAGGGCACAAGAUUUCCCCUGUCAUGGCGGCGUAUUGAUGAAGCGAGAACAGAUUUUCCUUUCAACUUUUCACUCCGAAAACGAUCGUCUUUGGUUAUCGGUGGGUGCGAACGUUUUGCGUACUGCUGCAAGGCAAGCAAAGGUCUGCAAAUACAGUGACUGAGAGCGUGUGUUGAAAAGUGGUGGAAACAUAGUCUAUAGGUGGACAACAACACGCGGGACACAGUAUUACACAAUCGACCGAAACAGUGAAGCUAACGUCGUGGUCGUCGUAGUCGUGGCCGUGUGUUCAAAGACGAAAAAGGGCGCAAGUUAGUGCACGCGUAGUGUUAAAAACAGAUCCAACCGCGCACGUGCAUGUGUGUGAGUGUGUGGAUUGUGUGGAUUGACCGUCGACGAAAGUGAAGUACCGCAGCAGCUUGAAACGCAACAACAGCUAUCACCGUGUGGGGAUUGUUUUACUUGGAACAAGUAGGCUAAGUUUUGGCGGAUUGCUAGAAAGAGGAAGAAGAAAUCGCACACACUCUGCUAACAGACCGUCAUGUAUAUCAACAAUACGGAUGCGCUGAAGGUAUGGCUGACGGCGGUGCUGGAACCGCUGUGCGAUGCCGACCCAGCCGCUCUGGCCCGGUACGUGCUCGCCCUGCUGAAAAAGGACAAACCGGAGAAGGAUCUAAUCGUAUCGAUGAAGGAGCAGCUGGACGUGUUCCUGUCCGAGGAGACGCAACCCUUUCUCGAGCGGUUGUUCAAGGUGAUCAAGAGUGAGGAGUACUUGAAAUGUGCCCCCGCCGCUCCGGCCGGACAGGCGGUUAGCAAUGGUGCUACAGCAACGGCCACCGUAGCUUCCUCUACAACCACCGGUAGUGCCAGCUCUCAGCAAGCGACGGCCUCAGUGACACCUGCCGCUUCUUCCAACCAUCAUGCCGAAGAGGUGAGCAGCAGUUCUCGAAUGCGGAUAAAGCGAGAAUUUACGCCACCAUUGCAAGAGACUGGGACACGCUCCAGCAAAGACGUACUGCCCAGUUCCGCCGCCUCGAACUACACCUCCGGAUCAUCAUCAGCGGGUGCGUCGACGGCGGCUAGUGGUGUCACGGUGAGCGGAGGAUCUUCCACGUCGGAACGAUCCGCAUCACAUCAUCAUCAUCACAGCGAACAGCGCUCGGAAAAAAGUCGUGCCAGUGAAAUGACAACCUCCAGUGGUACGCACAAUUCUGCAUCGUCCGUAAGCAGCAGCAGCAGUACUGGUGGUGGAACAGCAGCAGGAACGGGUGGUAUCACCAACCAAAAGUCUAUCUCCACCCACCAUCAGCAGCAUUCGCCAAUCAAAGGUUCCAGCAAGGAUGAUCAUAGCAAUAGCAGCAGUACCCGCCGAAGCCGCCGUAUGCAGAAUCGAUCUCGCAGCCGAUCCCGGUCUCGUUCACGAUCGUUUGAACGUACGCGCGAUACGCGUCGAUCGCGCUCCCGCGAACUACAGCAACGUACGCGCGGAGGAGGCGGUACCGGGGGCAGUGGAAACGUUGGCAGUGGGAAUGAUUCCAAAUCUGGUGGACGAUCGUAUCGCAACAAGUCACCGCUACGUAGCAGCGAUUCGUUCCGACGCUACGAACGAAAGGGAUACGAUCGGCGCAACAGUGGUCCAAAUGCGUCGGGUGGAAGUAACAGCGGAAUGGCGGCGGGGACUGGCACGAACAUGGCUAGUUCCGGUGGCAGUAGUGGUAAUGGUGUUGGUAGUACCCGCUCGCAAAGGAUCCGAUCGCAUUCACACAGUCGUUCACCGUCACCGAACUCGGACCGUCGAAAGAUUGCCCGAUCGAUGACGCCUGUUCGUCAAGCAGCAGCUCGUUCAGCAGCGGGUACCGGCGUGACGGCGGGAUCCGGUGAUACAGCAACUGCUUCCGCAGGAGUGGUGGAUGGAGCGGUAAUCAAUCCGGUCACUACCCUGGUGUCUCCAGUUACCGGUGGUGUGCCGAUCAUUCCUGUCGGGGGUGGAACGGUUGUUCCUACGAUUGCUCCCGUACCGCCGCCAUCGGUCGGUUCACUUGAUCGUGUGUUAAAUGCGACAGCGGGCGAAGGAGGAGCGGCAUCGGCUGUUCCGCUCGGUGGAGGUUCUUCCAAGCGUCAACGGUGUCGUGAUUUCGACGAAAAGGGUUACUGUAUGCGUGGCGAAACUUGUCCCUGGGAUCAUGGAACUGAUCCGGUCGUGCUGGACGGUCUCAGCGAUCCUGCCAUGAUUGCACAAAUGCGUGGUACAAUUGUGCCCGAGUAUAGCCCGGAUGCGCCUGAACUGUGGAACAAACCGCCAAACAUACCGGGAGGACCGAUUGGAGGGGUACCUGCUAUCCGGCCCGGACCGACACAGCGUCUCGGUGGCGGCAUUGGUGGUUUUGGACCGCGCGGAGGGCCCGUCGGUAUGGGACUAACGUUCCGCGGUGUGGCCCCUGUGUUUCCGAUGCAAGGCUUCCCGAGCAAUCCGAUCGGUGCAACACCGUUGCAGCGUGAACUGAUCUCCGUACCGGUGGUGGAUGCUAAUAAGGGAGGCGAUGUGUCCGCCGAUCAUCGUAACAGCCGUUUCGAACCAGAAGAUGCGGUCGCAAUCGCGGACGGACCGAUGCUGAUGGGUGGUGGCGGGAAACGUAAAAUGCCCAUGAACAACAGGCACGGACCGCGCGUCCUAGGCGGUGGUCAUGGUGGUGUGGGAGGUCCUGGAGGGCCUGGCUCGAUGUUGAUGAACCCGCAGCACAACUGCUCGCUGGAGCUGCGCAAGAUACCGCGCGGGUUGAACGAGAUUUCGCAUUUGAAUGAUCACUUUUCGAAGUUUGGCAAGAUCACCAACAUUCAGAUACGGUACGAUAACGAUCCGGAGGCGGCUAUUGUAACGUUUACGUCACACGCGGAAGCGAACGUGGCGUACCGAAGCACCGAGGCGGUGCUGAACAAUCGCUUUAUCAAAGUGUUUUGGCAUAUACCGCCGGCAGGUGGUGAACAGCCCGCCAUUACGGCACCGGCAAAGACGGAGCAUUCGCUGCGAAGAUCGUACCCGAAUCAGUACAGCAUUAAUAAUAAUCUAAGCACGGCGGGAGCAACCGGCACGACACAAACCGGCCCAACCGUGGCAGGUGGUAAAACAGUGCAGGCGAAAGAUGACGCGAACAGCACACCGGUGGUGGCGAACGGCAAUGAGAAUCUCGCACCACAGCAGCAAAUCGCAGGUGGUGGUCCGAAGGGCCAUGGUAAUAGCGCCACGAAGUACAUCAGCCCUGGUACGGGGUUGCCUGCGGCAGGUGGUGGUGCCGGUGCCAACAAGAUUUCUCGUGCGCAGAAUGAAAUGUUACGCAAGCGGCAGGAACAGUUCAACAAGGGCAUCAACGAGCGCAAAUGUUUCCUAAUGGACGGAUACCUGAAAGAGCAGCGGAAGCUGCUGGAACUGAUCGUAACGUACGAGGUGAGCGAUCCCCGUCGUCCACAGCUGAAGGAAUCGCUUGAUGAGCUGCAGGUGAAAAUUAACAAUCUGCGCAAAGAGAUCCAGCAGGAUCAGCAGCUUUUCAAGGCAAACUCGGCAAGGGGACCCGCCCACGGUCCGAAGCAUAAGACGAAAGCACAGCACGAACGCGAGCAGCUGGAUGCGGAGCUAGAACAGAUUGCGCAGGAACAGCGCACGUUCCGUGCACCGGAUGGUCCUCCAGCAACGCCAGCACCCGGUCAAAAGCCGUACGGUGGUGGUGCGCGCAAGGGUGCUGGAUCCGUCGUACGUGUAGCACCGCCCGGUUCAACCAGCGUCGACCGAAGACCGACUACCAUCCUAAUAACCGGGUUCGUCGAGGAGGAAGCCGAAUCCUUGUUGGAACAUUUUAAACAGUUUGGCGAGGUUACGAAACAUCAACUCGAUAAGGUGGAACCAUCGUUAACGAUUAGUUUCAGCACGCGACCGGUUGCGGAGAAAGCGCUCGCUCGUGGUAAGCAGUUUAACAAGAAGCUGCUUUCGAUAGUGUGGCAGACAACGGCAGCAGUUGCACCGACAACACCGACCGGUGCGUCGGCACCGAAUGCUGUGGCCGCAACGCCUGCAGACACCGGCAAGGAUGAGGGCAAUCCGCUCGUUCAUUCUAGCAGCGGUGGUAGCGACGGGGAUAACGUAGACGACGCACUAACGCCCACGAAGCUGUUGGACAUUGAUGAAUCGAGUGACGGUGCAGAUCGGAUGGUGCUAAUUGGGAGCGGUGGCGUUGGUACCGACAUCAACUCAUCCUCGUUGGAAACGCUGACCGAGACGGACGAGCUGAUGGAGAUGCCGCAUAUGGUGGAGGAGGAGGAAGACGACGACGACAUGGAGGGCGAACGUUCCUGGCGCCGUUAGUAAGCGAAUGCAGCGUGUCUGAUUUAAAGUUUUCUAUUUCGCGCUUAGCCCUCCGCCGUUGCGAUCGGAUCAGCGUUAUGGGGGUAGGCGGUUAGGUGUUUUGUUUGUUUUUAAUAGGAAUUAGCGGCAGGUGCGAGUGCGUAUGUGUGGUUGUGUGAAGCUUUUGGUUUCUUAUUGCUGAAAUUCAUUACAUUUCAACCUCGUUCGUUCAAUUCAAUUCCGAUAGAUUGAAGCGUAUUCUUGUUAUUAUGCUAUUUGACGGUCAUUAUACUUUUUAAUGCAAUGGCGGGUAAAGAUGAGCUACGGCCUUAAAAUGUAUAUGCUUUUUACGCAUAGAUUACAAGGAUUUGGAUUGAUGAGCACUACAGUCGAUAGAAAGUUAGAUGAUUAUUUUAUUUUUUUUCUUGGUUGUUGUAAUGAAGUUUCCACCCUUUUGCAUGCAAUUCUGAUGUUUUACGUACGCUUUGGUUCUCAUCCAAGCCUAGUUGAUCAACUGCAUCAACUGCAGCUUCUCUUUGCCAUAAGAAUAGAUUGCUCGUAGUGCGUUAUCUGUAACUUUUUGAUUUAUUUCCGUUUUCUUCACUAGCUUGCGAUAUAUUAAGUUGACAUUCAACUCUUUUUUUUCUAGUGUUGCGCCUAUCUAUUUCGAUUUUGAUUUGAGCUAUUAACAAUUUGCGUUUGGAAUGCGUUAUGUCCACUGAAUGUUUGCGCUAGCGUAUGUUUGAGCAAAGAAAAGAAAACCAAACGAAUCGAUGUUGUUUAGGUUACUGAAGCUAAGCUGAGUACGAAAAACGAGCGUAUUGAGGAAGAUAUGGGAUAGAUUACCGAACAGCAAUUCCUUGUCGGUAGCGGUAGAUAGAAAUAGGUGUAUGUAAAAUAAAACGUUUUUGUAAUUUGUUCAGCAGAGACUACAACAGACAAACGAAGUAAAAGCGGCAAUGCCCUGCGUUUUAAAAAGUAUCAUGCGCGACGAGUAAUGAAACCUGUAAACAAAUGGAUUAUGAUUGUAAAGCAAAUGUAAGAUCAAUUGCGCCCACUAGCAUGCCAUCGCGUGAAAUGCGCACUCAAAAGAUACAAGAUAAACCGAAAAGGAUAAUGUUUCUUUAAGCACAAUUGUUUUCAGUUACGCGUAAUUUAUGCGAAGGAUCACUACACCCCAACAACAGCAAAAGGGCGCAAUUGGUCAUUGAUACGUAUACCACAACACGAAUUGUAGUAGCUCGUAAGUCGAAGCCAAACAAAAAAAAAAGAAAA